AUGGAUGAUCCUGAUAGUGAUGACGAAGAGUGUGAUGGAAAUGAUGGGGGUGAUGGGCAGCCACCAAGUGGUUCAAAAAGUAACCACAACUUUAGUGAUGGAACCGAUUUUUACUGUGGGCAAACAUUUAAGAACAAAGAGUAUUUACAGGUUUUAUUGAAGAAAGCUGCAAUAACGACCCCAUUUUGUUUUAAACCGAACAAGAGUAACAACAACUAUUAUAAGGUGGAAUGCACCUCUCCUGAUUGUGGUUGGAUGUUGUGGGCCAAUAAGUACGACAACUCGGAUAGGUUUCGAAUUUACAAGUACGUUGGUGAUCACACUUGUGGGGUUGAACACGUUACGAGCACUCAUCAGCAUGCCUCAACAACUGUCCUUGCAUCAGUCUUAGUGAAUGACUAUAUUGACAACAAAGGGCCAAUGACAAAGGAAAUCCAGAGGACGGUUUUCAGGGAGUUCCAUUGUAAACGAAGCUAUUGGCAGUGUUGGAAGGCAGGUGUAACGGCUAAGAACAUGAUUAAGGGGACACCAGAGCACGGGUAUGCUUGCUUACCAGCUUAUUCAUACAUGGUUGAAAAUCUAAAUCCAGCUUCCAGAAUUUGCAUUAGUUUUGAUGACGCGGACAGGUUCAAAUAUUACUUUGUAGCUUAUGGUGCCUGCAUUCGAGGAUAUAAACUCGUGCGAAAGGUUAUUGCCAUUGACGGCACAUAUUUAUACGGCAAAUAUAAGAGUGUGUUGUUGUCGCCCGUCGCACAGGAUACUGAGAACCAUAUCUAUCCAAUUGGUUUUUGCGUGGUGGACAAGGAGUGUGAUGAAUCCUGGGCUUACUUCUUUGAGCAGCUGAAGCAUAUAAUCGCCAAUGAACCAGACUUGUGCAUCAUUUCUGAUAGGCACAAGAGCAUUACCAACGGUGUUUCCAGAAUUUUUGAGCAUGCUCAUCAUGGACUAUGCAUGAAGCAUCUUGGUGAUAACCUUCGAAAAAAUUUCCAAUGUGGAGAUUCUCUUCAUGUUUACUAUGAUGCAGCAAAGGCAUAUGGUUACCAGGAGUUUAAUGAACAUUUUCAGCAAUUAAGGAAUAAAUGCCCCGAAGAUGCUAAUUGCCUCGAGUUUGAUAUUGGAUUUGACAAGUGGAGCAUGGCAUAUUUCCCAGCAAAUAGGUACGAUGUGCUGACCACAAACAUUGUGGAGUCGCUAAACUCAAUGUUGAGGGAUGAAAGAGAGUACCCUGUGGCUGCCUUAUUCACUUCCAUUUCUAGGAGGUUUGCUGAAAUUCUCUAG